AUGGCUUUGCAAAUGUUUACAAUGUCCCGGAAAUUAACUUCUGAUAUCAACGAGACGAUCACUAGAUAUCUAAAUAUUAUCAUAAAUAUUCUGAAUGAAUUAGGCAUUGCUGGUCUUUUUACCGUAUUUUCAAGCUUCAUCUUCACAUCAAGUAUCAUGAAUUUUUUGGAGAGCGAUAUUAGCGAUUUAAAAGAUGCGCUUUUCUUCUUCUUACUGUUAAUUGAUUUAUCAAAAGCUGGAAUCUUAGCAAAACUUGCCUUAAGUGGAUCAAAUUCAGAUGAAGUAACACAAAAUAUAGCACGUGGAAUGGAAAUUCUCGGACCAGCAAUUUCAUUGGACACUUUAGUUGAAGCUUUAGUGAUUGGUGUUGGAACACUUUCAGGCGUUCAACGUUUAGAAGUAUUGAGUGGAUUUGCAGUCAUUUCUGUCAUCGUCAAUUAUGUUGUCUUCAUGACAUUUUAUCCAGCGUGUUUAUCAUUGACUUUAGAUUUGUCACGUAAUUGCAGUAGCUCAAAUGUUGCAACACCAACAGAAAUUGUUGAACGAUCAAAUGAAAAGCACAAGAUUCGUGAUCCAUCGCUUAUCCGUGCAUUGAGUGAAGAAGAUCAAAAGCAAAAUCCAAUUGUUCAACGUGUUAAAUUGAUAAUGUCAAGUGGAUUAAUGAUUGUGCAUGCACACAGUCGUUUAACAUUCUCUGAUAAUGAUGACGUUGAAGAUGCUGGAACUGUUGUUAAUGUAAACGCUGGCACAGACGCAAAGAACCUUAAUAUGACCCCGCAAAUGAACAAAACUGAAUCAUCUGAUAUUUCCGAUUACAUCAUGCGAUGGCUUUCAAUCAGCACUGAGCAGAUUUUCAUUCUCAUACUUUUGCUCGCCCUCUGUAUCAAGUUCAUCUUCUUUGAUCGUGAUGACCUUACCAACCAACUUCAACGUGAUUUAGCGCGACAAAUGGAAGAAGAAGAAAGGCGGAAACGUGAGAAACAACUUGAAGAAGUUUCAAAGACACAAACAACAAAAUCACGUGAAGAAUCACCUCCAAGACGUCGUGCGAUGUUCUCGAUAAGCGAAGAGGAGCCAUUGACAAGAGAAAUUGAAGUUCAAACUGAUUUAACAGCUUUCGAUGUCUUUGGUGACUCUGAUGAAGAUAAUCCUGAAUUUAUUGAAUCAGCUUUGGUGCCAGUUCGACCUCCACGAUCAAUCGAGGAAUGUGUUAAGAUUAUGAUGUCAGAUGAAGGUGCAAAAUCACUUACCGAUGAAGAAUUAAUAAUGUUGGUUAAUGCUGGGGGAAAUUAUAUGCCACUUCAUAAAAUUGAAACAAUUGUUGAAGAUUCUGAACGUGGCGUUAAAAUUCGACGUCAAAUCAUUGCAAGUCGUUUAGGAUACAAAAGUUCAAAUGAUAUUUUCGGGACAUUAAGUUAUCGUCAAUAUGAUUAUAGUAAAGUGUUGAAUGCUUGUUGCGAGAAUGUUUUAGGAUUUGUUGAAAUUCCUGUUGGUUAUGCUGGGCCAUUAACCCUUGAUGGAAAGAAAUAUUUCGUUCCAAUGGCAACAACUGAAGGUGCUUUAGUUGCAUCAACAAACAGAGGAUGUAAAGCGCUCUCGUAUUAUGGUGUAAGAAGUGUUGUUGAAGAUGUUGGAAUGACGCGUGCUCCAUGUGUGAAAUUCCCCGAUGUUGUUAGUGCAGCACAAGCAAAAAGAUGGAUGGAAACUGCCGAGAAUUUUCAGACUAUUAAACAAGCCUUCGAUUCAACGAGUCGUUUUGCACGAUUACAAGAACUUUUAAUUGCUAUGGAUGGACCUCAACUUUAUGUUCGAUUCCGUGCUUUCACUGGUGAUGCAAUGGGAAUGAAUAUGGUUUCAAAGGGAGCUGAGAAAGCGCUACGAAUUGUUCAACAUGCCUUCCCAGAAAUGCAAAUUAUCAGUCUAAGUGGUAAUUUCUGUUCAGAUAAGAAACCAGCAGCAAUCAAUUGGAUUAAGGGACGAGGCAAGCGUGUUGUGUGCGAGGCGAGAAUCAGCGAAGAUGUUUUAAGAAAUUUGUUGAAAACAGAUGCGAAGACUUUAGUUCAGUGUAACAAGCUCAAAAAUAUGGCAGGUUCUGCAAUGGCUGGAAGCAUAGGUGGUAAUAAUGCUCAUGCUGCUAAUAUGGUGACUGCGAUUUUCAUAGCGACGGGACAAGAUCCAGCUCAAAAUAUUACCAGCAGUAAUUGUUCAACAAAUAUGGAACUUCAUGGAGAGAAUCCCAACGAUUUAUACAUGACAUGUACAAUGCCUUCACUUGAAGUUGGAACAGUUGGUGGUGGAACGGUUUUACCUGGACAAAGUGCCUGUUUAGAUGUUCUUGGAGUUCGUGGUGCCCACCAAACACAUCCAGCCGAAAACAGUAAGCAAUUGGCUCGUGUCAUUUGUGCAACUGUCAUGGCUGGUGAAAUAUCGCUGAUGGCAGCAUUAGUCAAUAGUGAUCUAGUCAAAAGUCACAUGAAACAUAACAGAUCUUCCGUUGUUGUCAAUCCAGCACUGGCUACAUCAAAUAGAGCAUCAACAACAUCUAUGCCAAAAAUGUAGCAUAAAAUAUUACAACGAAGGCACUUAAAAAAUAUGUCAACAUCGUUUCCUUAAUGUCAAUUGAAAGAUCCCUAAAAAGGCAUCAAAACAAACGGUUUAAUGUACUUUUAAUAAUAAAUACUACCUACAUCAAAUCAAACGCAUCAUGAAAGUGAACUUCAAAGAAGGAAGAAAGCAACACAACUAAAGUUAAACUUCAUCUUGAUUAUUUUCUUUUAAUCUUCUGUUUAUGUAGCUGAUAAGAUCAAAAAACAAAUCAUCUUUUUUUUCUUAACUUUAAAUCUACUUAAAUAUGUGAACGAAUGUGAUGGGACGAGGGCAACUUUUUAUAAAAAUGAGUGCAUGUUGAUUUUCUGUUGGUUCAAACUACAAAGUUUGAUGAAGCUUACAAGCUUUCGCUUUGAUGUUGCGCUUUUUUUAUUUAAUGUUAUAGUUGCGACAUCAUUUAACGUCAGCGUUAAUUCAUCAUCACAGUAUUUUUGCAUUGUUGAUGUAUUGGAAAUUUUUAUAGAAAAGAGAAAUUGUUAAUUGUCUCCUUGAUUGUUUAACAUUUUAAAAUUGAAUUGAAUAGUUUUCGAAACAUGAAAAGAUUUCGAAUGUAGUAAAUUCUAAAUUUAAAAUGAUAAAUUAUCGCUUCCAAGAAGGAAUGAAAAAGUUUAAGAUUAGAUUGCAAAUUACGACGUCGUUAUUUGUAAAAAAGAUAUUUUUGAGACAAUUUGUUUUAAAUAGGCUUUAGAUGAAAAAUUAACAUUCUUUAUUUAAUUUUUUUUAAACAAAUCCCCCUUGAUUAACAUGAGAAAAAUGCAAAGCUGUCAAGAACAGAUUUAAAUUUAUUUGUAAUUUUAAUUAAGUUCCUUAGCUGGAAUAAAACAAAAUUGGAAUUUUAUAAUGAAAAAAAAAAUUGUUUUUUUGUUGACUUGCAGUUCGUUUAUUUCCGAUGAAAUUCAACUCUGAAUUUGAAUAAAAACCCUUAAGGAAAACUCAUUCCAUAAAAUUCAUCACUCGCUUGCUAUUCUUUUAACGGCAGGCUCAACAUCUUGGCUGGAUUCGUUUGUCUUGUCUUCCUCUGCUUCUGCUUCUUCUGGUAGUGGUGUUCGGUUUUUCUCUUCACGAAUUCUUGAACUUAAUGCUUGUUGCAAAUGACUCAUGUCAUCAACACGUCCCAUAACGAGAUAAAUUUUAAUGACGCCAUUCGUAUCAAACGCAGUUAAUCGCAGACUCUUUUGGCUUGGCUGUUCACAGAUCUGGUCGCACCAUACUUUUGUGUUCAACAAUACACGAAGACUCCCUGAUGCUCUGAAUACAACUC